AUGAUCGACGACUGGGCGAGUCGGGCGCCCAACAAACCGAUGGCGGAGAUAGUCUCCGUGAAGGACGUUCACGGGAACACGCCCCUCCACCUGGCCAUUAUGACCGGCCAGAAGCACACCGUACAGCUGCUGCUGAGCCGCGACGCUCCAAUCAAGUCGCGCAAUGCCGCCGGCUGGACGCCGCUCGAUGAGGCCAUCAGCUACGGCGAUCGAGCUAUGAUCCGCCGAAUCCUGAAGAGCGGCCGGAAGCAGGCCCGUCGCUCGAUGCAGUCCCGCCGUCCAAAACUGAUCGACGCCCUAAGCCGCAUACCCGACUUUACGAUGGACCUCCGCUGGGAAUUUUACUCCUGGGUGCCCAUCGUCAAGCGUUUCCUCCCCUCGGACACUUGUACCCUUUCGAAACGAGGCAGUUCCAUUCGCUUAGAUACAACUUUAGUCGAUUUCAGCGACCGAAGCUGGCAACGCGGCAACAUUACCUUCAUCUUCAACGGCGAGGCGAAGAGUGAUGGAAGGCAUGGAGGUAAAGCAUUGACCGUGCUGGACAACGAGCUGAAGGUCUACCAGUCGGUGAAGUACAGCGGCCACUCCUCGGACAUUGAGGAGGACAUUGACAUACUGAUGUCGAGUGACAUCAUCUACCCGAUGAUGAGCACCAAGUCGAUUACCUUCACGCGGGCGCAGGCGGGCUGGUGGUUCAGUCGCUACAAUCGAACGGAACAAGUCGGUCAGUUCGAGGCCGACUUCUACAACAUCAACGGGCUGGUGAUGGAGUCGCGGAAGCGGCGGGAGCACCUCUCCGAGGAGGACGUCCAGUCGAAUCGGCAGCUGAUUGAGACGCUGAAGCGCUCCAUGGACAACCCCAAAGGAGGCAAUGGAGGUAAUGGAGGAAGUGGCACCUCGCCCAGUGCCAGCACCACCGAACUGCUGGACAUGGCGGCGAUGGCGGGCGGAGCUGAAGAGGAUGAGGAUGAGGAGGAGGGAGAACUGGUGAACAUCAACGGGGAAAAGUUUCCGCAGAAGACGCCGGAGAAGACGACAGCCUCAAAGGCUCAGACAUCUAAGCAGCAGGGUACCACUAAAAAAGCCUCUACUUCAAAGAAAGAGAGCACAAAGAAGCCCUUCAACGGGAGCUCAGUUCUUGCCAGUCCUCCCUUGUCGUCGGAAAAGAAGCUUCCGAAUGGGGGCGCUGCCCUCACUUCUUCAAAAACUAAAAAAGAGAGCGGAAGUUUUACCGAGGGAAGUUCAGCUGAAGAUGAUGAGGACGACGAGGAUGAGGACGAAGAUGAGGACGAGUACGAAGAUGAGGACGAGUUUGAAGAGGAAGCCCAAUCAAAGCAAUCAAAGAGCAAGCCUUCAGGUCGAGAAAGUCGGUCGUCUAAAAAGAGCAACAGCGGAGGACAAACUUCCGAACCUUCCACGCCCACUUCCGCUUCGAUCAAGGCACUGGAGAGCACUGUCUCGCACUCCUUUCGCCGUCGACGAUCACUUCCCCCGCCGGCCCCUCCCUCGACGCCCAUCACCUGGCAGGCGUACAUCAGGGCGCCUAGGGGCCAUCNCAAAAGCAAGCCUUCAGGUCGAGAAAGUCGGUCGUCUAAAAACAACAGCGGCGGACAAACUUCUGAGCCUUCCACGCCCACUUCCGCUUCGAUCAAGGCACUGGAGAGCACUGCUUCUCAUUCCUUUCGCCGUCGACGGUCACUCCCACCGCCGGCCCCUCCCUCGACGCCCAUCACCUGGCAGGCGUACAUCAGGGCGCCUAGGGGCCAUCCGCCCUGCCUGGCCCGUCCCCUGAAGAGCAAAACCUCGACGCGGACCUUCAAGGCGACGCUGGCGAUGAGCCGCGACUUUCCCCUCAGCAUCGAGUCGCUGCUCAACGUCCUCGAGGUAGUGGCCCCUUUCAAGCACUUCAAGAAGCUGAAUGAGUUUGUGCGGCUGAACCUGCCGCCGGGCUUUCCCGUGAAGAUUGACAUUCCCGUCAUCCCGGCGGUGCUCGCCCGCGUCACCUUCCUCAACUUCACCUUCAAGACGGACAUUCCGGAGGCGCUCUUUGAGGUGCCCGCCGACUACACCGAGGAUCCGAGUCGCUUUCCCGACAUCUAA